AUGGCGGCAGCGGGUGCCGGCGGCCGGGCCGCGGUGCGGGGGCGGCGGCGGCGGGGCCGGUCCGCGGCCGAGGAGGAGCAGGACGCGGUGGUGCUGUCGGUGGCCGAGUGCCCGGUGUGCCGGCAGGCGCUGGUGGAGGCGGUGACACCGCCCUGCCGCCACUCUCUCUGCCUCGCCUGCUUCCAGCGCUGCCUGCAGGGCCCGGGCCUCUGCUGCCCGCUGUGCCGCAGCCGCCUCUCUACACGGGCCCGGCGGCAGCAGGCCGAGCUCGCAGCCACCACGGCCGCCGGAGCAGCAGGCGGGGAGCGGCGGCUGCCGGACCAAGACUUUAUAUUCAGAGCACCCAUUAAAUUAAGCAAAGCAGGAGAACUCCGAGAAGAGUAUGAAAGCCAGCUAAGGAAGCUGAGAGAAGAGAAACUACAAGAAGAAAAGACAUCUGAGGAUCUUGUUCACAAGUUCAUCCUAGAUGACAUGGAUGUAGGGAAAAGAAAAAUGGAGGAACAGCUGAAAAAAGAUGAAUCUGUAGUGCUGAAAGGGAAUCAAGACUGUUUUCCUGAACGUCUCUCGGAUUCCGAGAAUGAAGAACCAUUCCAGGGCAAGCAAACACAUCGGUCAGCUUUUGUUUCCAAGACCAGUGCUUACUCCUUUGCUUUCCUUUCAGGGAAUUUAACCUCCAAGGUGAAGAGGAGUCAGAGCUGCAAUGACACCAUUCAGGAGAGAUCCAAAAGCAGGCAGAGAUCAGCCCCAGCCAGCAAAACAAAGGUGCUGCCCGGAGAGGGCGCAUCAACACCGCUGCUCGGGGUGCUGUCGUGCGCACAGAACAACCGCUGCCUGUCUGCCCCGGACCUGACGGCCGACAAGCGCCUGCUCCUCAGCGCCGUGUCCUCCCUGUCAGCCCUGCACAGGCCAGAGCGCUCCAUCAGCCCCGAGAGCAACGACAGCAUCUCAGAAGAGCUCAACCAUUUCAAGCCGAUCGUCUGCUCCCCAUGCACCCCGCCAAAGAGGCUUCCCGACGGCAGAGUACUGAGCCCGCUCAUCAUCAAAUCCACCCCCAGAAACCUGAACCGGAGCCUGCAGAAGCCAACCACCUACGAGGCCAGUCCUAGAAUACUGAAAAAAUGGGAGCAGAUAUUUCAGGAGCGUCAGAUCAAAAAGACUCUCUCUAAAGCAACCCUUACAUCCUUGGCUUCGGAGCAUGAGGAAGACGUGGUUCCUGACAUCACCAACUCCAGCAGUUGCACUAAAGAGCAGCCACAAGCGCAGGUGGAUCACCUUCCACCUGACACAACAGGAGAGCCUUGCCCUGAGCUGGAUUUCUUCCCGUCAGUCAGUGAAAUGAAGCUGGGAAGGGGGAGUGAGAAGAACAGGGGUUCACAGGCCUUAACCACUGAUGACGGUGCUGCUGAACUAGAUGUGAGAUCAAGUGUAACCUCCCUAAACACACGAGUGGCUGAAGUCCCUGACAUAAAAGUGAAUGCAUUUGUGGACAAAUCCUGUCUUUGUCUGGGCCCGAAAGCGCUGAGCAGGAGACUCAUGGGCAUCAGCGCAUCGCUGCCUGACAACAGCACACUUGCAGUCCCCAUCAAGCCACCGGGGAAAAAGCAUCUGAAAUACCUGAACAACAGUGAGCUGAUCAAUGUAGAGAACAGCACCUGCAACUCUGUGGAGAACAUCAUCGGGGAACAGCCGCCGCUACUGCGGCGGGGCCGGAAGAGACGCUGCAAAACAAAGCACUUGGAGCACAAUGGCUCUGUCAAAAGACUGAGGCACGUGGCAGGGGAGGUGGGCCUGCCUCCGGAGGUUCGGGAUGUGGAGCAGAAGCUCCAGCAAGAGGAGGAGGACAAGAGGUUGGCCCUGCACCUGCAGCGGAUUUUCGACAGUGAGAACAGGACUGUGGAUAGGCGGAAAAUCCGUCUGGAUCGGUAUCUCCUGCGGUCCAAGAGCACUCUGGGUGCCAAGUAGCACUACUGGACGAUGUUGCCUUUCUACAGGAUGAUGAGAUUUAUCAGAUUAUCUUAUACAAAAACUAUUUUUUGCCCUACUUCACCCACAUAAUUGUAUUUUGUUUUGGUGGUAAGGCAUUUCUAGGUCCAGUUCAGAGAGAAGCCAGCGUCCUUUCAUAUUUAAAAAAAAAAGAGAGAAUGAGAAAAAAAAAUCCUCUUCUCUGGUCCGUUGGUCUGAAGGAAUUGUCUUUUGUCCCUGUGAAUACACUGCAAGACCUCCACAGACAGUCGGGCACACCUGGGAUCCCCAGCUAGGAGGGUUGUGAAUGUGGGGUAUGAGGGCCAUCCCUUGCCAGGAGAAAUCUGAGCUUUGCUCAUAAAAAUUGUCUGAGAGUCUUCUUCUCUCUGCCUGCUCCAUUUUCUCCCUCAGGCUACAUCUGGUUGUGGGGUCAGCCUCUUAUCCGUGCUCUGUAUUUCUCCUGGGGAGUCCUAAACAGAGCUCUCCGAUAGUAUUUCCAAAUGAAUGUAUCUCACUGUCUGCAGCAGCAGGACAGAUCAUUCAUCACUUUCUUGAAGCAGAAAGCCAAGUGCAGUGAAAAGAAAGACCUAAAAUAAGGCUUUUACUGAAAAACCUGAUAGGGGUUUGUAAUUUCAUGUUUGUGACAGGGGAGAGAGCUCAGGUGGAGCAGCUAGGGCCACACACUGUGAACACUGGGACCCAGGGAGCUUUUCUCCCAGGUUUCCUGUUCAUCCCUAUAGUAUUGAAGAAAGGGAAACAGUGUCCAGGGAGUUUUUGGAAGGACAUCUUCCCAGCUGCCAUGUCCUUUGCUCAGUUGAGAACUGUCUCAGCACAACUAAGGCCUGUCCUUGCACGUCCCAGAGGAACAUCCCGAGAGAUCUAGCACAUUGCUCUGCUCUCCAGGCAGCCAAAGGGACAGGAGACCAGCUGUCCCAAAGGCUGCCCUGCUCCAGCUUCCUGGCUUCAGGCUCAAACCACUAAGAAAGCUCAGGUGAGUGAUGCACUAAAAACUUCCAGGCAUGAAGCUGCCUGGAGCAGAGAUGGCUCAGAGCCUGGGCUUGGUGGAGCUGUGUUCUGUGCCCAGAUGUGGCAGGCCACCCUCUUGAGUGUCUCUAACCCUCUUCCAUGGAUUAAUUUAAUGGAUUGUUUCCAUGAAAAAGUACCCUUCCCACUCAGUCUUUGGCAGCUGCCUUGCAGGGUAUUCACAGGGACUCUCAAGGCCCAUGGGGACCUUUGUCUGGGGUUGUGGCAUUACUGGUCCUGCCCCUCUGUGUGCCAGGUGGCAGGGGUGUUCUUGGGAUGAGCACAGUGCAGGGGCAAACUUCCCUAUGGAUCCUGUGCAGGGAGGGCAGCCAGUGCACAUAAAUAGACAGAUCUAAUCUAAGACAACUGCAUUGUCCAAUUUCCUCUAUCUAAAAAUGGUUGAAUUUUCUCCCUUCAUCUUAAACAAUCAAAAAGAAAACAGGAACUGGUUUUAUUUUUCACUGUAAGGACCCUGGCAGGAUUCUUUUCCCCUAAUUGAACUG